AGGUUAAUGUCUGGUGCCUAUUCUCCUCAAGCUGCAAUCCAUUAUAGAGGUGUCAUCCUGUGGGAUGGUAUUGAAUCACCUGAUUACUCCAGACAAUAUGCUUUCAACCUGAAUCCAAUCAUAAUCCACCCCUAAUGAAAAUUCCAACACCUAUAUUUUGGGGAAGCUUCAUUGGGACUGCUCUUGGUGGAACCAUUAUUUUCAAGGAAUAUGUCAUAGGAGGAAAACAAUAUACCAAGGGCACUUCAGCAAAGGGUUUAACAGCUGUUGUAACAGGUGCAAGUUCAGGAAUUGGGAAGGCUUUAGCUCGAGAUCUUGCAAUGAGAGGAGCCAGAGUGAUCAUGGCUUGUCGUGACGAUGAGAAGUGCUACAUGGCAAGAAGAGAUAUUGUGAUGGAGACAAAAAAUCAGCAUGUUGUCUGCAGGACAUGUGACCUAUCGUCUCAAGAAUCUGUGCGGGAAUUUGCAGCAAGAAUGAACAAUGAGGAACUCCAGGUGAAUAUCUUGGUGAAUAAUGCUGGAGUAAUGAGAUGUCCUCAAAGCCUCACCAAAGAAGGAAUAGAGUUGCAAUUAGGAGUGAAUCACAUGGGUCAUUUCCUGUUGACAAAUCUGCUCCUCACAAAAAUAAAGGCAUCCAAGCCAGCCAGGAUAAUCAGUGUAAUAAGCAUUGCAUACCAGAAGGCACCUUCCAUGCACUUUGAGGACCUGAAUUCAGAAAGGAGUUACAAUCCGGAAGAUGCUUACAACCAAAGCCAAUUGGCCAACAUUCUUUUCACAAGGGAACUGGCAAAGAGGCUUGCAGGGACUCAUGUGACAGCUAACUGUGUGAACCCAGGAACUGUCAACACAGAAAUCACAAGACAUCUUGCUUACAAGAAUAGCUUUCUUGGACAGCUGAUAGCAACACCUAUAUUGUGGUUAAUGACCAAAUCAGCCCGACAGGGAGCUCAGACAAUCCUAUAUGCUGCAUUAGAUGAAAAUUUGGAAGGGGUCUCAGGGAGAUGCUUCAGCAACAUGAAGGAGCAUUCCCUUUCUGAUGCAGCUAUGGAUGAUGAAGCAGCUCAUCGCCUUUGGAUCACUAGUGAAAGGAUGGUGCCUGAUGAUAUCCAACUCCUGCUGGGAAGGAAAGACUUUAGAGUGUAUCUCCAGCUGUUGGUGCAAAGGUUGUGCAGGGACCUAGAUAAUGAUACAGCAGUGCACAAGGAAGAACUUCUCUGCACUUUGAGUCAAUUGACCAUGUGCUUCUCACUCAUAGAGUCAUGGGAAACAGAAGUCAACUGUGAUGCUGUAACUUCUAUUGCCCAGGCUGUUAUGAAAUGCUUCUCAUAUCUGACACAUGAGAAAUCAGCAGACAAGAACCAAAAUGUGAUUUUGAAAGCUAUGAAGGCUCUCUUGAUAUGGAGUGCAACAAAUCCUGAGAGCACAGCUGUCAGACAAGACCUAGCCUCCCUGGCUCACUUAACCAUGAAAACUCUUCUCAGUGAAACCCAAGAAGAUGGUAAUGAAGAGAUGAGCAUUCUCUGUCUGAGAGUGUUGGAAUGCUUUGUUUCUUCAAAUUUCAGUUUCAGCUCGUGUGAUUGGAGCAUUUUGUUUUCCUCUAUCAAGUCCAUAUUCACAACAGGAAACAAGAAGCUUGCAAUUUUUGUUGUUCAAAGUGAACUCAGGUCAGUAAUCCUGAGACCAAUUGGGAAGGAUGAGCCUUCCUUCAUAAUAGAGAUUUGGAAUACCUUGCAGAACUCAUCACUCACACAUGCUGAAGUGUUAUGGAAUUUGUGCAUCCUUUUUGAUGCAAUAGCUGAGGAGAUUCAUAUCUUUCAUGAUCCAGCUUUCUGGGAAACUCUCCAAAAGGCCCUGAAGUCACAAGAGCUGCAAGUCACCAAAAGAGUAGUGUAUUUGCUGAAGAAAUGCAUUGAAACAGUUCAGCAGAAACAGAUUCAAAUUUCAUGUGAAUUGUUUUGGACACCUCUGUCAGUGGAUGUCUGGCUAAACUACUUUCUAGUUCUUGAAACAUUGGAAGAAAAACAGGCUCAUAUUGUGUCUUCUGUCUUGCCAAAGUUGGAGUCUUUGAUCCACUGUGCCACUAAGCAGGAGCAGAAGAUUCAUACUUCUUGGAUCCUUGCUCUAUUCUGGAAGGCAAUGAGACAUGACAACUUCCAGAUUGUCCUUUGGACUGUUAUGCAUUUCUUAAAGUUGUCAGUGAAAGCAUUCCCAAUAUUUGAUCAAGGUGGAGAGACAUUCAUUACAGAUUCGUUACUGGAGGUCCUACGAUUGGAACCCCUAUAUGCCAAAGCAAACCAAGGUCCUGAACUGAGAGAACUUCUGACUACAUUCUUUCAAGACUGCUUGAAUCUUGGAAAUUUUCAGUCAAAGUUACUCAAUGCCUUUUUCAAGACUAAGUGGAGUGGAGUAGUUUGCUUUCACCUGAGCUAUGUAAUGUCACAUCUCAAACUUCCUCACCCAAUUGACAGUGCAGAUGUCUUUCUCAUGAGACAAUUCUUACUUGAGGUGGUGAGCAGAUAUGAACCAUACUUGAAAGUUGGAUGCCAGUGCAAUCUCUUGUGUUUCAUUUUUGGAAAUCUGGCUGAGGAACCCUUAAGCUAUGAGUCUUGCCUGAAGAAUCUCUACUUGUCAUUCCCAUCUGGUCUACAACCUGGUUCAAAGUACUGGGAUGAGCAUCUGAACCUGUUCUCACAAUUGCAUCAUGUUAUAGCACCAAUCAGUGCUAAUGAUGAUUGGAAAGAUGCAGACCCCAAAUAUGUGGCAUUUAUCAUGUUAUCAACAAUGGAGUCCUUGAUUGAAGAGAAGCAGCAUCUUAUUGUGAUGGAUCUCAUCAUUGAUACCCUUCAGUCAGCUCCUUUGAGGCUCUAUUUGUCAGAAGGAAAGUUAGAUUUCUGCAUAAAAACACUUGUGGAAAUAUCUUUAUGUCUAGACUUGGCCUUGAAGGAAUCAUCAUUUCUUAUCAUUAGACAAAAAUUGUUGGAAUGCCUUCCUUAUAUUUAUGAGAUCUUGACUAGUUCAUGCUUUCCUUGUAAUGACUUGAAGGGCCUGAACAGAUUCAACAUGUGGAUGAAUAGUCUGGAGAUGAUCAUUAGAAGUCUGCAAAUAGAACAUCUGCACAAAGUAAUUAUUUCCAGUGCUCACUUGUACAGUCUCAAUCAAGGCCAUCCAAAUCAGCACUUUCAGAGAAUGGUGCUAGCUUCCUCUCUUCGCCUGCUUCACAUCCUAGGUAUGCAAGAGAAGCUCAAUGAGGCCUUCAGAUAUGUGACUAUUGAGGAGUUGGCUACCUUGGAUUUUGAUUCUUCUCUUCGUGCUGAAGAGCCUGAAUUAUGGAACAAAGCUAUUUCUGACUUUGUGAGGAACACCUGGGAAGUCUUUGCAAUUUUAUCAAUGGAGAGAAUACGGACAGAUGCACCUCAAAUUUUGACAUCCUAUGGACUUCAAUGCCUUCAAGCCUCAGUUCGGGAUCCUUUGGUUUAUGUUCUCCAUGGCAUUUACAUUAUUGUACCUGUUCUGAAGGAGGAUGUCUCAAUGCUCAGAGAUAUGCUACGGUUGACAUGGACAACAGUUUUUGAAUCCCGAAAAUGUGAAUUCUUUUGGAAGGGUAUGGAGCACUUCAUAAAAGUGACAUUCCACCUUGACAUCCUCAUGUCAAACAUCUACUUGACAGUGCUACAGGAGAUGUGGCAGGAUCUCCUCAUUGCAAGUGAUGGCAUUACUGGCCUAUUGAAUAUUGCAGCUUUGCAUCUUGAUCAAGUUUUGAGCCACCUGAGGCCUGAAGAUGUCCCCUUCAUUAUUGAAAUGACUGUAGAUCUAUUGUUGUUUGGCCCCAUGCAUAGGAAAGAUCAAAGGAUAUAUUUUGAAGCUUGUGAAGAGAUAGAAGCCAUUCAAGAUCACCCUGCCCAUGCCAUAGCCAGUCCGCACUUAAGGGAUGCAGAAGUACGAAUCCUUGGGGUGAAAAUCUUAUCACAAAUCAUGGAGACAGAGCAGCUUGCAAAAGAAGCUCUUCACCUUUUGCUUGCAAGAUGGGAGUCACUAAGGACUUUGAAUCACCGUCAUUUUGCCAAUUCUUCUCAUCAUCGCACCCAGCACAGGAUCAUGCAAGCUAUUCUUCUCCUUUAUCCCUCAUUUGUCGAUACAACCAGUUCAGUUGUUUUGGAAUGGGGUUGCAGAUGCCUAGCCUCUGGAAACCCACAACCAUCAGUCCGAUACAUGCAGGAAUGGCUAAUUGUUCUAAUACUCAACAGCCGUUCAGAACUACAUGACACCUUCUACACCUUCAUGUCCAAAGCAAGUGUAGACCGCAUAGGAGGAAUGGGUUCCUUUGUGAGCAUCCUAUGUCAUCUGGUUUGCUUGAAACCUUCUACUAAUGCUAUGGAAAGAGCAUUCAGUGAGAUAUUGCCUUGGUGCAUGUCUCAACAUUUUUCAGCUCGAGUUUAUGCUCAGGCAGCAAUCCUGAAGAUGUGGAAGGUAGCUGAGGAUCAAUGUCUCGAGGAUACACUCAAACAGUAUAGACCUAUUCACACUAGUAUACAGAACCAACAAAACAUUGGCACAUUGUCAAAAAAUGCAGAUAAACUCCUCCAGGAUUUCUACUUUCAAUCAUUCAAUUCUCUUCAGCAUUACUCUCUCCAGACCAUCUACAAUGAUCUUCCACGACUGGCACAAGUGUCAAGAGAUGAAUGGAUUCCCUUAUCUGUCAUCAAGCUUCACAUACACUCAACAAAAUGGCCUCUUCAAAGUCAAAAUGAGGACUUAGCAAACAGUUCAUCAGCUAUCUGGAUACUCAAACAGGCCACUAAAGUUGAAAUUGAUGACCCUCACCCAGAAAAAAAAAGUUCAGAAGGGAAUGUCCAGAAGAAACUCAUCCCUUGGAAGGCAUUACUACCAGAUCUUGAAGCCCUGGAAUAUUUUCCAACUCCAUUGCAAGAGAAGAAAUUUGCCAGUACAGGUGGUUUGAUUCUUGUUGCUUCACUUGUCAGCAAGUCCACAAAUCUUGGAGGACUUUGUCGAACCUGUGAAGUAUUUGGAGUGUCGCAACUAGUACUGGCUAGUUUCAAGUACAUAGAUGAUCCCCAAUUUCAAAGUCUCAGUGUGACAGCUGAAAAAUGGAUCAGCAUGCUAGAGGUGAAACCUGAUAUGGUGGCUGGUUACUUGAGAAAGAUGAAGACAGGAGGAUACACAAUGGUGGGAGUGGAACAGGCAGCCUCAAGUACUCAACUGGGUCAGAUGAUAUUCCCCAAAAAAACACUCUUGUUACUUGGGAACGAACGGGAGGGAAUACCAAUGGAGCUGCUGAACAUGAUGGAUACAUGUGUUGAGAUACCUCAGGUUGGAGUCAUCCGUUCUCUAAAUGUUCACGUCAGUGGAGCCCUCCUCAUCUGGGAGUAUGCUAAGCAACACAUGCUGAAGCUUCCUGAGUUGCCUUGA